CAACACCGGGAGCCCGCAUCACCACUCAACAUGGCUUUUACAGCCCUCAACAACCGGGCUACAGCCCCAACAGUGCCGGUUCCAGCACAGCCACAGUCUCCUACAACUGCACCGCAUCCACAGGAAGUCGACGUUGCUUUUGCGGGCAACAAAGAGCUGCGGAAGCGUGUGCACGCUGCCAUAGACCAGAAUCCCACCCAAAGCACCCUCUUUCGCGACAUCUCGACCUACAUCCUCAACCAAACCACACAGCCCGCCCCCGAACCAGCCCCAAAGAAGCGCAAGCUCGAGGACAGCAACGGCACACACGACGGCGCUCCAGCAGUAGGCGGUAGCCUAAUCAGCACUGCAAACAAGGCAUGGCGGACAUACCCUGGCGUUAGCUUUUCCAUACCGCAGCGCAAGAAGUUUACCCUCGAGCUGCUCGAUGGAAAGGAUGGUGGCAUCCGGGCAGUUGGCGCGAAUGGAAGCAUCGAAUUUGCAAUAGCCUGGAAGGACGUAGACCAGGUCUUCUGCUUGCCUAUCCCCGAGAAAGCAAAGAAGCAGCACAACUUCAUCAUCAUCCCCGUACACGGCGAUGGCGUGAACCCGCUACCCGAAGAGCUGAAGGCCUCGCCGCCAGAGCCGGUGGUAUGGACAUUCGAAGAAGCGACAGGCAAGAACAUUGUCGACGGUGAAGACCCGGGCCCAGGGCCAAUGGCAGAGGCAAUACAUCAUUGCUUGAUACAAGCGGGUACUGCCAAGGAAGUCAUAUUCCCUAACGCCGAGGACUUCUCGAGCGCAAUCCCAGAAAGCCAUCGUAAGAGCGAGAAAGCAUACCACGUCAAGGCGCAUAGGGGAAGCAAAGAAGGCUACCUAUUCUUUACCUCCGUCGGAAUCCUCUACGGUUUCAAAAAGCCUCUCGCCUUCUUCGACUUCGCCGCCAUAAAUAGUAUAUCAUACACCGCGGUCCUCCGUAAUACAUUCAACCUCGUCAUCACUACCCCCACACAAGAGAUUGAGUUUGGCAUGCUUGAUCAGGCAGACUUUGCCGGCAUAAACGAAUACGUGCAGCAACAUGGGCUGCAGGACGCCAGUUUGGCUGCUGCACGGCGGGCGAAGAAAUUGAAUGUGAACAAGACAGGGAAGAAGGAGACAGCGAAUGGUGCAGCAGCACAAGAAGGCGGCGAAGAGGAAGAAAGCGAACUACAAAAGGCCGAGCGUGAGCUGCAGGACCAAGAAGAUGAGGAAGAGGAAGACGACGAUUUUGACCCAGGAAGUGAGGGCGAGAGCGAGGGAGAAGGGUCGGAAAGCGACGAGGAAGGUGGUGGAGACUAUGAAGAGGGCGACACCGCCAACGUCGAGGAAGAGUAUGAUGAAGCAGAUGGCGAAGAGAUGGAAGAAUAAGGAGCACCCAAAUGCUGUACAGUUACAAAAGUCGAACACGAGCGAAUUUUGUUGACGGUAGGUACAUUUUGCAUUGCUAUAUACCACUUUGAGCACUCACACUGCUACACUUCUUCUUCUGUCUAUACACGCCAAGUCUCACAAAUUAACUCCAGAUGAGCUCCAGAAGUAUCCCAGUUACUCACGCGA